CCCGCAGAGCCCGGCAGCCUAGGCUGCACGAGUGGGGAGCUCGCGCGCCGCACAGGGCUUUCUCCCGCGUUGCGGUUGCUCGGGAGAUGCUGGAGCGCAGCGCUGGGCUGCUCCACCUGGCGCGCUGAGCCAGGCGCUGGGGGCCCCCCCGAGGGCGGGCUGCUUUGAGGGAGGGGGAAGCGGACUGCGGUAGAAUGCAAGACGGGCUCCUCCGGCGCUGCGAGACAUCGCUCCAGCGCGGUCAGGUGCUGGAAGCCAGCCGCUCGCCGCUCCACUAACUUGCCACUUGGUAGUGUCUGGUCUCUACGCUUUCCGGUGGUGGGGGGGCGGGGGGAGUGGGGAGUUAGAGGGUCUGCGGUAGCCGAAAGAGGGAUCCUGCAAGGGGAAGCCUGCCUGCUGCCGCUCUUCUCCCCCUCCCCAUCACUCCCCUCCCCCCAACCCCAUCGCUGCCGCUUUCCCUUCUGCCAAUUCGGAGAGCGACGGGCGCCCGUGACAUGCGAUCGCUGCCAAGUGACGGUCCCUGAGUCUGAAGCGCCCGCAAGGAAGUGAGCUCCAAAGCGGGCCGCCGGCGAUGACAGCCAUGAAGCAGGAGCAGCAGCCCACCCCGGGGGCGAGGACAAGCCAGGCGCAGCCGGUGGACCAGUUCCAGGCUCUCCUCUGCCCAUCCAUGGACUCAGCAGGAAGUUAGCGCUUCUGAGUGCGCUUUGGGGCCCGGCGAGAGGAUGCGCAAGGUGGAGAGCCGCGGGGAAGGGGGAAGAGAGGAACUGGGAAGUAACAGCCCUCCACAGAGAAACUGGAAGGGAAUUGCUAUUGCCCUGCUGGUGAUUUUAGUUGUAUGCUCACUCAUCACUAUGUCAGUCAUCCUCUUAACCCCAGAUGAACUCACGAAUUCAUCAGAAACCAAGCUGUCUUUAGAAGACCUGUUCAGAAAAGACUUUGUGCUUCACAAUCCUGAGGCUCGAUGGAUCAAUGAUACAGAUGUGGUGUAUAAAAGCGAGAAUGGACAUGUCAUUAAACUGAAUAUAGAAACAAAUGCUACCACAUUAUUAUUGGAAAACACAACUUUUGUAACCUUCAAAGCAUCAAGGCAUUCAGUUUCACCAGAUUUAAAAUACGUCCUUCUGGCAUAUGAUGUCAAACAGAUUUUUCAUUAUUCAUAUACUGCUUCAUAUGUGAUUUACAACAUACACACAAGGGAAGUUUGGGAGCUAAAUCCUCCAGAAGUAGAGGACUCCGUCUUGCAAUAUGCAGCCUGGGGUGUCCAAGGGCAGCAGCUGAUUUAUAUUUUUGAAAAUAAUAUCUACUACCAACCUGAUAUAAAGAGCAGUUCAUUGCGACUUACAUCCUCUGGAAAAGAAGGAAUUAUUUUUAAUGGGAUUGCUGACUGGUUAUAUGAAGAGGAACUUCUGCAUUCUCACAUCGCCCACUGGUGGUCCCCGGAUGGAGAGAGGCUUGCCUUCUUGAUGAUAAAUGACUCCCUGGUGCCUAAUAUGGUUAUCCCUCGGUAUACUGGAGCAUUGUAUCCCAAGGCAAAGCAGUAUCCAUAUCCCAAGGCAGGUCAAGUGAACCCAACAAUAAAAUUAUAUGUUGUAAACCUAUAUGGACCAACGCACACUUUGGAACUCAUGCCACCCGACAGCUUUAAAUCAAGAGAAUACUAUAUUACUAUGGUUAAGUGGGUAAGCAAUACCAAGACAGUGGUGAGAUGGUUGAACCGACCUCAGAACAUAUCCAUCCUCACAGUCUGUGAGACCACCACUGGUGCCUGUAGCAGGAAAUAUGAGAUGACAUCAGACACCUGGCUCUCCAAACAGAAUGAGGAGCCCGUGUUUUCUAGAGAUGGCAGUAAGUUCUUUAUGACGGUUCCUGUAAAGCAGGGGGGCCGUGGAGAAUUCCAUCACAUAGCUAUGUUCCUCAUCCAGAGUAAAAGUGAGCAAAUUACUGUGCGGCAUUUGACAUCAGGAAACUGGGAAGUGAUAAAGAUUUUGGCAUAUGAUGAAACGACUCAAAAAAUUUACUUCUUGAGCACCGAGUCUUCUCCCAGAGGGAGGCAGCUGUACAGUGCUUCUACUGAAGGAUUGUUAAAUCGCCAAUGCAUUUCAUGUAAUUUUAUGAAGGAACAAUGUACAUAUUUUGAUGCCAGUUUUAGUCCCUUGAAUCAACAUUUUUUAUUAUUCUGUGAAGGUCCAAGAGUCCCAUUGGUGAGCCUACAUAACACGGACAACCCAGCAAAAUAUUUUAUAUUGGAAAGCAAUUCUAUGCUGAAGGAAGCCAUCCAGAAGAAGAAGUUAGUAAAGUCAGAAAUAAAAAUCCUUCAUAUCGACGACUAUGAGCUACCUUUACAGUUGUCCUUUCCCAAAGACUUUAUGGAUCGAAACCAGUAUGCUCUUCUAUUAAUAAUGGAUGAAGAACCAGGAGGCCAACUGGUUACAGAUAAGUUCCACAUAGACUGGGAUUCUGUCCUUAUUGAUACGGAUAAUGUGAUUAUAGCAAGAUUUGAUGGCAGAGGAAGUGGAUUCCAGGGCCUCAAAAUUUUACAGGAGAUUCAUCGAAGAUUAGGAUCAGUAGAAGUAAAGGACCAAAUAGCAGCUGUGAAAUUUUUACUGAAACUGCCAUACAUUGACCCCAAAAGAUUAAGCAUUUUUGGGAAGGGGUAUGGUGGUUAUAUUGCAUCAAUGAUCUUAAAGUCAGAUGAAAAGCUUUUUAAAUGUGGAUCCGUGGUUGCACCCAUCACAGACAUGAAGUUGUAUGCUUCUGCUUUCUCUGAAAGAUAUCUUGGUAUGCCAUCUAAGGAAGAAAGCACUUACCAGGCAUCUAGUGUGCUACAUAAUAUUCAUGGCUUAAAAGAAGAAAAUAUAUUAAUAAUUCAUGGAACUGCUGACACAAAAGUUCAUUUCCAGCAUUCAGCAGAAUUAAUCAAGCAUCUAAUAAAAGCUGGAGUGAAUUAUACUAUGCAGGUGUACCCCGAUGAAGGUCAUAACCUAUCUGAGAAGAGCAAGUAUCAUCUCUACAGCACAAUCCUCAGAUUCUUCAGUGAUUGUUUAAAGGAAGAAAUACCCGUGUUACCACAGGAACCAGAAGAAGAUGAAUAAUGGACCCUAUUUAUAUAGAACUGAAGGGGAUAUUGAGGCUCAAUGAAAAGCAACCAAGAGACUGUCAUAUUGUAGAUGCUCAGAGUUUCCAGGGCAGCUUAAGGAGAUGACACUGGAACAGCACACUCAGAGAUAAUGAACUAGAAUUUGAAGACCGAAGUCCAAGUCUACUGUGUUGCCAAGGGUGCAGAAUCUAUUGCUUUGUAAAAGAAGGUCAAAGGGUUGGUUUCCUGGGAGAAAUUAGUUUUACAUUAAAGUAGGAAUAGUGCAUGUUUUCUUCUGUUAUCCCCGUUUGUUCUGUAACUAGUCGCUCUCAUUUUGAUUUCAAUAGCCACCAUCAUCUUUGCACAUAAUGCACAACUUAUCAUCAGUACUACAGUCCCUGAUCUCUGAUGGCUGAGCUGCAGUCUAACACUUUCCUGUACCUUUACAAUAAGUGCAAUUCUUUCAUUGUCUAUUAUUAUGCUUAAGAAAAUAUUCAGUUAAUAAAAGCAGAGUAUUUUAUGUAAUUUCUGUUUUAGAAAAACAUUAUUACAUGAGUCAAAGGACAUGUAGGAAUAUGGAUUUCAGCACCUUCCAAAGUUCAGCCAGUUAUCAGUAGAUACAAUAUCUUUAAAUCACACGAGUGUAUCUCUCAAGAUAUGUAUACACCUGUGUGCAUAUACAGUGAAUCUAUCUUUACAUGUUAUUAAUGCUACCAAGGGUAAGCUUUUGAUGAAUUAGAAAAGAUGCUCUUUUACAGGCUAUAAUGGAUGCUUUGUUUAAUGAGCCAAAUAUGAUGAAACAUUUUUUUCCAAUUCAAAUUCUAGCUAUUGCUUUCCUAUAAAUGCUUGGGUUGUGUUUGGUAUUGUUUUUAGUGGUUAAUAGUUUUCUAGUUGCAAUUUAAUUUUUUUGAAUAUGAUACCUUGUCACAUGUAAAUUAGAUACUUAAAUAUUAAAUUAUAGUUUCUGAUAAAGAAAUUUUGUUAACAAUGCAAUGCCACUGAGUGCUAUUUUGCUCUAUUGGUGGAGAAGACUUCUUUUUCAAAGACUGGGGCUCCUUUUACUUUUCUCCUCAGUGCAGAAUCAAUUCUCAUAUUCAUUGUAAAAGGUCUGGAUUAUUUCAUUUUCCAGUUUUUAUUUAGUAUACCACAUCUGCCCAAUUCAUCUGUUAUUGUUUAAGUUAAAUCCUUCUGGUGAGAAUUAGAAAUGAAAUCUUUUUUAUUCAUUGGCCAAAAAGUUCACAAACAGCAGUGUUUGCUAUUUAAUUUUAAUCAAAGGCACAAAAUGCAUCAAUUUCUGUGUUCUGUUGACUUGCAGCAGUAAGUAACUGAAGAGUGUGAAAUAAACUGGACUGUAUAGAGUCAAAACACGUCAUGAGAAUAUGAAUAGUGUCCACCGAAGUGAAAGAACAUCAUCUCACUUUGCAUAUGAGAUCUUACAGAAGAUGUCUAAAAAUGUAACCAAGCUUUGAAAGGCAGAAAAAUGUGGGCAAUGUACUGUUUUCAUAGUUAGAAAAAAGGUUCAUAGGGAACAUGGGAUUAUCGUGAUAUCUGAAUACCAGGAGGAAAAUUUUAAAUGACAAGGAAUCUCUCAGUCAGCCUCCUGUUUUGUCAAAGGAUCAACCUAAAAUUCUGGGUGUUUAGAAAUAUGUUGAACCACUGAUUGGGUCUUCCGCUUUGCUUCUGGAUGCUUUGGAAUUGUGUCUUCACUGCUCCAUUAGAUUCAAUUUACAAUGGGAAAGGCUCUCUCUUCUAAAAGACCCAUUUUAGGUCUUUUUCAAGAAUAGUAAACACAUUUUUUUUAACAAAAUAAGUUGUAAUGUUUAAAAGGAAAGUUUUGCCUAUUUUAUUAAGACGGAAAUUUCUUUUUAGGCUAAUUUAAAGUCCAACUGAAGCUUUUUAAUCAAUAUUUUAAAUUUCAACCACUAGAGUUUUUUACAAUGCAAAUUAUUAUGUUGUCUGAAUGAUGUGGUUUUAUUGAAUGUCUAUUUGAGUAACAUUUAAAAAGUAUUGACCUUUACUGUUCAUCAUUUCUCGUUUAUUAUUAUUAUCAAUGUUUAUCUAUUUUUCAAUUAAUUUAAUACAGUUUGUAAUGUGAAAGACAUUUGUCUGGGACCCACUUUCACCUUAAAGGAUAAAUAGAUCUAAAUGAAAACAACUGUUUAAUAGGAAGGUGGAAAUUUUUCAUCUUUGUGAUUCUUUGAGUUUUAGUAACUGGUCUGCUAUAUAAAGGAAAUGCUCACCAACACAUACUCACUGGUUACAAAGAAUUCAUGCAACUGGAUUUUCCCUUUCACAUUUGCCCUUGUCAUAAUCACACUAUUUCGAAUGUAUUAAUGCAUUCUGAAAGUGCCCUGGAUAGCAAACUUUCAAAGUGUUUAUUUUCCUUUAAAGAAAAACACCAUGGUGAACUAAAAAUGCUGUAAUAAAAUAGGUAAGCAAUAUUAACUCAUCCACACAGAUAAACAUACAACCAGUAGCUUUUGAAGCUAUUUUGAAAGACAAAAGUGUUUGUUUACUUUGCUUCAACUAAGAAGAUGGCCAUUCCAGUGUGGCGGCACACACCUAUAAUCCCAGUGACUCAGGAGGUUAGGUCAGGAGGAUCAUGAGUUCAAAACCAGCCUCAGCAACUUAGCACAGCCCUCAGCAAUUUAUUGAGUUUUUGUCUCUAAAUAAAAUACAAAAAAAAGGGCUGGAGAUGUGGCUUAGUGGUUAAAUGCCCCUGGGUUCAAUUCCUGGUACCAAGGAGGAGAAGAAUAUGAUGAUGAUGGCCAACUCAAGAAUUUGAGACAAAGAAAACCAUGCUGACCUAAUGAGUAUUUUUUAAAAAACUGAAGGAAGGAGAUACUCCUCAAAUGAAUUAUUUUUACUUCUGCUAUCAUAGAAAUAGCUCUGAAGGUCUUAAAGGAACCUUCUGUUGUGGAUCUACUAAAAAUAAAUUACCUAAGCAUGGGUUCUUGACCUACAAAGAUCAUUUAAGCCAUUGUUCUCCUAAUGAUGGGUUUUCAAACAAAGUUCCCAGGAGUGCAUUGCACACAAGUGUCUAGGACCAUUGAAAUUACAUGGCUUCUAUAAGGAAUUCUGUGUGAAAUGCCUGUUUCUCCUCACAUGCACUGACCACCUUUUCUGGAGGCAGCCAGCUUUGCAUAAGUGUAAUCUGACCUCUAGUGGUGCUCUGACUCUCUAUUCUUUGGAUUCUCUGCUACUAGUGGUGGUUACCUACUAUAACCAAAACUCAUCACAUACACACUACAAACCAAUAUGAGAAUGCUCAUACCACACUGAAUUCAAAUAAUGGAAGACAUUAGCAGGUGACUUGUGCUCUCUUAAACAUGGUCCUUGGAAGGCUCCCAGGGCCCUGCUGCAGCUGCAUAACUUAUCUCCUGUUGUCCAUUUUAGCCUUUUCAGUCCCCACUCCUAUUUCUCAGGACCACUUCCCAAAAUAAAUUGCAUGUGCACCAAUUGUUGACUCGGGUUCUGCAUUCUGGGGAAAACUUUUCUUCCCAUAAGAGCUUAUCACUGUGAAUAUAUAGAAAACAAAUACAUGGAGAAUAAAAAUCUGGUUUCUUCUCA